CUGUGUGUCCCAGUGAUAUCAGUCCCCGGAACAACAACAACAACCCAUGUGAGAGAAGCUGUGGAGUCUCCGCCAUGUUCUCCGGUUUAAAAGAUAAAGUCGGGGAGGUCUUGUUACCGGGAGAUGAGUUCUCCUUGGAGACCGAGGACACCAUCUCUCUGACGGAGCGCGUGAAGCCGGAGAAGGUCGUGUGUGGCCCGGGUCUGAGGCGGAGCGGAGACCGGCUGCUGGUGUGUAAAAGCGGCGUGCUGCGACACAAACAGCCCAACAUGUUCUGGAUGGACUCCCAGCAGAGGAGGUAUGUCCCCGCUAAAGGAGAGACCAUCAUCGGCAUCGUGACGGUUAAAUCCGGAGACGUCUUCAAGGUGGACUUUGGAGGAAGUGAGCAGGCGUCUCUGUCCUACCUGGCGUUUGAGGGCGCCACCAAGAGGAACCGACCCAACGUCCAGGUGGGCGACCUGGUGUUCUCCCAGUUUGUCGUAGCCAAUCGGGACAUGGAGCCGGAGCUGGUGUGUGUGGACAGUUCAGGACGAGCCAAUGGGAUGGGAGUGUUUGGAGGUGGAGGGCUGCUCUUCACCGUGUCUCUGGGACUGGCCAGGAGGCUGCUGUCCCCCCACAGCGAGGUCCUGUCAGACCUGCAGACCCUGUUCCCCUGUGAGCUGGUGGUCGGGAUGAACGGCCGUCUGUGGGUCAGGUCGUCCAGCGUUCAGCAGACGCUCGUCAUCGCCAACCUGCUGCAGAGCUGUGACACCAUGACGGCCCCCCAGAGACAGGAUCUGUUCAGGAGGGCUGCACAGGGGGCGCUAUAACACCAUGACGGCCCCCCAGAGACAGGCGCUCUUCAGGAGGGGGUACAGGGGGGCGCUGUAGAGCCGGGACUGUAAAAGUGAAGCAGAAACAUCUGGAUUCUAUCGCUGAUGUUUGUUCUAAGUUUCUGUUUCUGAUCAUUUUGGUUCUUUAGAACUUUAUUUGAUGCUAUAAAAACAGGCUGAAGCCUCAUGAUUGGUCGGGCCGGUGUAUGGGCGGGACUUGGAUACGCUGCCGCUGCAAAAUAUUUCAACUUUUUUCUAGAAUUUUCUGACUUUUUGUCUCGUAAUAAUCGGACAAUUUUUGUGUGCAAAUACUCCAACUUAAAAAUAAAAAUAAAAAAUUCAAUAUAUUCUGAGUUUA